CACCGAUUUUUGCAGUUUGUUCAGGAUGUCGGCCAACAGCAGUGUAACGGUUGUCCAAUUGGACUCCGCUGCCCAAGCAAAUAAAGAACAGCUUCACCUGUUACCUUGCGAGAUUGAACACAACGGACCCGCUGAAGUCUCCAGAUUUUAUUCACCGACUGUGAAGGACCACAAACAUGAAAUGACCGUGUCAUUUAGGGGCCGUCCGUUGAAAGGUCAAGAGGUGAAUUGUCCACAAGGCUACACAGGGCUUGUACUAAAAGAAGUCCAAAGACCCAGCUCUGAUCAAGAGGACAGAAUAGUGAAGGUCUCCUCAGUAUUCAACAAUUUCACACGCUGGAAUUUGGAAACCCCUCCAACAUCUGAUGACGGCGUUGUCAUGGCAAUGAUGUGGCCUAAACUAGCAGAGGCAAUACAUGGGCCUAUAGAUGAAUAAAGUUGAUCAGCACCGAAUAGCUACAGUCUUUCUCCUGAUGUGGCCACAGCAGUGCAGGUGUUCUUCUUCUCAACAUGAAAGAGUGCUCAAUGAAACUGAUCGGUCUCUGGGAGCCAUUCCGAUGGAAUGGAAUGUUACCAUGUAGUCAGUGUGUUACUAUGAAGUUUCAUUUUUUUUCAUGUUUAAGUAACAGACUGUUAGAAUAGUCUUGUAUUUUAUUGUUUUCUCAACUUUU